AUGUCGCUUUUGUCUGCGGCGCGGGCGGCCCUGCGCGUGUACGCGGCGGGCGCGGCCGUGAUCUUGGCGCAGCUGCUGCGACGCUGCCUCGGGGGCUUCGCGGAGCCAGCCUUCCCCCCACAACCCGAACGUGUUGCCUUAGUGACGGGAGGCACGGAUGGAAUCGGCUAUGCGACCGCGAAGCGCUUGGCAAGACUCGGCAUGACCGUGAUUAUAGCUGGAAAUAACAAGCCCAGAGCCCAUGAAGCCGUGAAGAAGAUAAAACAAGAAACGUUGAAUAACAAAGUGGAGUUUUUAUACUGUGACCUGGCGUCCCUGCGGUCCAUCCGGCAAUGCGUGCAGACCUUCAAGAAGAAGGAAAUGCCUCUCCACGUGCUGGUGAAUAACGCUGGGGUCAUGAUGGUCCCGCAGAGGAACACCGUGGAUGGAUUCGAAGAACACUUCGGCUUGAACUACCUGGGCCACUUCCUGCUGACCAACUUGCUCCUGGACACGCUGAAGGAGUCCGGUCGCCCCGGACGCACAGCCAGGGUGGUGACUGUGUCCUCGGCCACGCAUUACGUCGGCAAGCUGGACCUGGACAACCUUCACGGCAGCCGCGGCUACUCCCCGCACGCAGCCUACGCGCAGAGCAAGCUGGCCCUGGUCCUGUUCUCCUACCACCUGCAGGCGCUGCUGGCCGCGCAGGGCUGCCCGGUGACCGCCAACGUCGCGGACCCCGGCGUGGUGGACACGGACCUCUACAAGCACGUGUUUUGGGGCACCCGUCUCGUCAAGAAGCUGUUCAGCUGGUGGCUUUUCAAGACCCCGGAGGAAGGAUCCUGGACCUCCGUCUACGCAGCGGUCACCCCAGAGCUGGAAGGCGUUGGCGGCCGUUAUCUUUACAACGAGAAAGAGACCAGGUCACUCGAGGUCACCUACAACCUCAAGCUGCAACGACAGCUCUGGGCCACAAGUUGCCAGAUGACCGGCGUCCCCGACGUGACCCGGGACGUCUUCUCGAGAUAGCGGCCACAUCGGGAGGCCUGGCCCUCGGCCCGGCACGCGCAGGUCUGUGAAGGAUCGCAUGUCCCCACGUGUCACCCCCGCCGGCCCUCGGGGCCAUGUCCCCAAAAGUCCGCUGGUGGCAGCCCUGCCUGUGCAGGAGGUCACUGAGCGCAAGAAAUAUUGAGUGUGCCUCUGGGGGGGGUGGCGGCCCAGCCGUAAAUCCUAACGUGUCAAAUCCUGCCAGGUGCCAUGAACCAUUAAAUCCUGCCACCCGAG